AUAUAAUAGUUUCGAAAAACAAGCAUAUUUUUUUACGAUUUAUAUCUUUCAACCAACACAAUGACGGUGUAUUUAUCAAGAAUUGCAUUUAACAUGCUACGGACAUCUUCAGGAAGAUGUCUAAACGUAGCUAUUGCAACGGAAGCCGCUUGUACGAAUAUAAACUUUUUCCAGUCAAAAAACGAUUUAUUUUCCUCAGUCCGGAGAGGAUUUGUUAGAAAUUAUUCUAGUGAUGCCAUACAUCCUACUGUAGCACUAGACAAUUCUAGUAUACCAUUGAAAAAGAAGACCAUCUACAAGAAAGCUGCUUUGGAAGAUUUACCGCAGAAAGAGGGACAUUAUUUGACAAUGGCUUACGCUACAGCAAACUCGUACGAUCUGAAGGGCUUGAAGGAGGCACUGGUACAACAGAAGCUGUAUGAACCCGGAACACUACAAGCACAAGAGAUCGGUGAUGUGGUAGUCGCUAAUGCUGUGUACAGUGUUGGUGAUGAACCACGAGAGAUCAUAUUCUUCAGCGAGGGUGCUGUAGUCUUCUGGAACUGUUCUGUACUGGAGGCAUCAAAUGUUUUGGAAUUUAUUAAGAAAUACGAAAUCGAGAGUUACCCAGCCGAUGUGGUGGAUAGAGAACGAGAAGUUAUGAGCUAUUUUUAUCAACCAAAUGCAAAGAAAUGUUAUUUACAAGAACCAUGCUUUGUGAUGGUGCCAAAUAAGGAUAAUUCUCUGGAGAGAUAUACAUUCAGCCAGGCGAUGGCGCAGAGUGCACGGCUGGGAGCGUGGGAGGCUCGGCUGGAGGCGUUGGCAUCCGGCGUUAGCUACCACACGGGGCGCAUGCGCCGCACCGGCAUCGCGCAGGUCCAGAAGAAGGAGGUGGUGCGUAAACUAGGCGAGUUGUUCGCGUUACGGCACACACUCAACGUUGAAUCUGAUCUGCUGGACACCCCGGACUUCUACUGGGAGCAGGAGGAGUUGGAGCGGUUGUACUCCAGCACUGUCGCAUACUUCACCAUACCGAGACGGACCAGGGUGUUAAACGAACGCCUGGCCCACUGCGUCGAACUCCUGGAGCUGCUUUCAUCCUGGGCAGCAGACAGGCACCACGUUCGCCUCGAGUGGAUGGUGAUAGCGCUGAUCCUCGCCGAGGUCUGCUUCGAGCUGCUGCAUCUGUACGAGAGGACCUACACACGCGACCAUCGACGGGGCCCCGAGCGCCGCACCUUUACCAGCGAAGUAGAAGAGAACUUGUUCCAAGAUUUAUCCAUUCUGGACACUUAAGUUAGUGAAUCUAAGUUGUUUUAGAUGUAAGUUAGUGAAUUCUAAAUUAUUUUAGAUUGUGCUUAUUCUGAUCGCAUAAGUUUGUUCGCUUCCAAAGAAUCAUUAUUAAUGUUCGUCCAGUAUAAAUAUAUAAAUACAUGAUCAUAACUAGACUGAUCCAUUCUGGACACGUACGAUACAAGAUUAGUCUGUUCUGGAAACGUAAAUUAAUAUAAUAUAAGAUUGUUCCUAUUCUGGACACAUACAUAUCACUUAAUAAAGACCCGGUUAAUAAUUUAAAUAAUGUAUAUUAUACACGAAAGUUUAAAAAUAACUAUACAUAUAAGUGAACAUAAUAUAAGACUGGUCC